AUGCUAGAGAUUGAGACGGCAGCACUAGCAAGUAACCACCUCAAGCAUCUUGGAUUUGAUAAAGUCUUUGAUCGCCUUGGUGGUCACGGCCUUGUUGGUGUCCUUAAGAAUGGACAUGGCCCAACAGUCAUGUUGAGAGCAGACAUGGACGCACUUCCCGUUGAGGAACUGACUAAACUCCCAUACGCCAGUUCUAAACGGAUGGUCGAUCGUUACGACAGGGAAACACCACUCAUGCACGCUUGUGGACAUGAUGUUCACGUCUCCUGCCUCAUGGGUGCGGCAGAGCUUCUACACUCCGCCAGGAGCACUUGGUCGGGCACUCUAAUCUGUCUGUUUCAACCAGGGGAGGAAGAUGGUGCCGGAGCUAGAAAGAUGGUGGAAGAUGGACUGUUCAACAAGAUUCCGAAGCCCGAUGUUCUUCUUGGACAACACGUGGCGCGGCCCUAUUCUGCUUGCGAUUGCUUUGAUGUCCGUCUGUUCGGAAGAGGAGGUCAUGGCUCUGCUCCACAUCGUUGUAUCGACCCGGUUCUCGCUGCAUGCUCCACUGUGGUCCGUCUCCAGGGUAUUGUCUCCCGAGAAGUGGACCCAGCUGAGUACGCUGUCGUGACCUGUGUCUACCUUCGGACAGCCACGGCAAUCAAUAUCAUUCCGGAUGUGGUUGAUAUGAAGAUCGAUGUGAGAACAUACAACUCGGACGUUCGCAAAAAGGUUGUUCAAGCUGUCAAGCGUGUCAUUCAUGGUGAGAGCGAUGCUUUCGGGCUACCAAAGGAACCAGAGAUUGUUCAGACUGACGACAUCCCUCCAAUCAUCAACGACAGCGAGGUCGUAAAAACUCUUCAAGGUGCCUUCGGGUCCCAUUUUGUAGGACUUGUCUCGGAAAUGGUGAGAGAUACAGGAAGUGAUGAUUUCUCCAUCUUUGCAGAAGCCCAAAGCAUUCCCAGCGCUUACUGGAAUAUUGGAGGUGUAGACCCAGCCAUAUGGGAUGACGCAGAGAGAAGUGGCACCAUUGGGGAUCUUCCCGGCAAUCAUUCGGCCUACUUUGCACCUGUCGUGGAGCCAACCAUCAGAACUGGGAUUGAUGCAAUGGCUUUGGCGGCCCUGGCUUUUCUAAAGAUCAGAACUUGA